AUGCCUGCAACAACGGAGAACAACCAAGGCUCAUUUUUGGGCCGAAUAAGCAUCCGUAGAAAUCAAGUGCUGUCCAUGGACGGAACCCACGACCAAGAAAUGGAAGACCUCGAACUUUUUCAGAAGCACGUAGCCGACCGCUUCUCCGAACUCUUGUCCUCCACCACGGAGGAUUCCUCCGGCGAUGCCCUCCUCUCCAUCUCCUGGCUCCGCCGACUCCUCGACGAGUUCCUCUGCUGCGAGGCCGAGUUCAAAGCGGUCAUGCUCAUGGGCCGCGACCCCUCUCAAAUCGCUAAGCCCCCACUCGACAAGCUCCUCCCGGAGUUCCUCGACCGCGUCGUCAAAUCCCUCGACAUCUGCAACGCCGUCACCCUCGGCCUCGAUGCCGUGAAGAACCUCCAGCGCCUCGCCGAGAUCGCCGUGGCCGCUCUCGACACGACGCCGCUAGGCGACGGCCAGGUCCGUCGCGCUAAGAAGGCACUCGCCGGCCUCAUCGCCGCCAUGCUGCACGAGGACAACGCCAACGCGAAGGGGACAGAGCGCAACCGCUCCUUCGGGCGGCGCUCCGGGAACAACGCCGGUUCGAACAGCAAGGACCGCGUACGGUCGCUGUCGUGGACGAUGGCGCGGAACUGGUCGGCGGCGAAGCAGAUCCACGCGAUGAUGUCGAAUCUGAAUGCGCCACGUGGCGCGGAGGCGUCCGGAUUGGCGCAGCCUAUUUACAUAAUGAGCACUGUGCUGGUGUUCGUGAUGUGGGCUUUGGUGGCGGCGGUUCCAUGCCAGGAGAGGAAUGGUUUAGGGACGCAUUUUCCGCUGCCGAGGCAAUUAGCCUGGGCCCAGCCCAUGAUCAGUUUGCAGGAGAAGAUCGCGGAGGAGUGGAAAAAGAAGGAGAAGAAGGGAAACGUUGGGUUGUUGGAGGAGAUGCAGAGGAUGGAGAAGCUUGGACAGUCCCUGGUUGAUUUCGCUGAGUCGUUUCAGUUUCCCCCCGAAACGGAGCGUUUGGAUGAGGUGAAGAAACAAGUGGAGGAGUUGGGCGAGAUUUGUAAAAGAAUGGAUGAAGGGUUGGAACCCAUGCAGCAGCAGAUUAGGGAGGUCUUUCACAGGGUUGUCAGGAGCAGGACCGAGUUUCUCGUCGUCUUGGACCAAGCUGGGAAGUUAUCUGCACCCACCGUGUAA